GGCGGCCGGGCGCUGCAGGAGGGGGCAGGGCGCAGCGAAGGCCCGGGGGAUCGAGAACGGUGGGAGAGCCAGGCUCGGCGGGGCGAGGCCCAGGGCCCGGGCGGGCGAUGGAGGAGGCGCUGCUGUCCACCCCCAUCAACCCCAACAACUUCCCCGCCAAGCUGUGGCGGCUGGUGAACAGCCCUCGGUACCGCUCCAUCCGCUGGGACGGCCGUGGCGAGGGGCUGCUUAUCGACCAGCCGCUCUUCGAGGCCGAGCUGCUCAGCCCGCCGGGCCCCGGGGCCGGGGGCGCGGGGGGAGCGGGGAGCAGCGGCGGGGGCGGCGGCAGCGGCGUCGGAGCGGCCGGGGCCGAGCCCGAGCUCUUCAAAACCACCAACUUCACCAGCUUCAUCCGGCAGCUCAACCUCUACGGCUUCCGCAAGGUGGUGCUGGGUGGGCCGGGGGCGGCGGGGCCCGGACCCGGGCCUGGGGCUGGCGGGCCGGCGGGCGACGGGCCACUCCACCACUUCCACAGCCCGCACUUCCGCCGCGACCAGCCUCAGCUGCUCGUUCACCUCAAGAGGCUCACCAGCGCCAACAAGGCCAAGCUGGCGGCCGGACUGGAGGUGCCCUGUCGCCCGCCCAACCGCUUCCAGCGGCUCCUCAUCACGUCAGCCUCUGCCUCGGCCUCAGCCUCCACCUCCCCGCUGCAGCAUCAGGACCCGCCGCCCCAGCCCUCAGGGCCCCGGCCAGAGCAGCAUGGACCAGUGGCUGUAGGACAAUUUCACCGGUCAUUCCGGCGAGAUAAUUUGUCUCCUUAUUCCUACGUAUCAACUUCAUCCCACAACCACAGCACUUUCCCUCUGAAAGGUUUAGAUCGUACCCCGAUUCCUCCUAGAACAUGGCAGAACUCCCUUGGAAUGCACCCUGGACAAGUGGAGACGUCUCCUACUUUUUCAGAUAAAGGGGUUCCAUUUCCUGUACUGCAGAGAUUUCCAACUGAGGUUACUUACACGCUGCAGCCCAGUGCCACAUCUGUACACGUUCAACAAGGUCCUCAAACAAUGGUCAGCUCCUCCCAAAAAUAUAGUAACUACACACCCUCAGCGCAGUACUCCCAAGCCUACUAUCCAACAGCUGUGCUACAGUGCUGUUCUCCUUCCACCCACAUGGAUGCCCUAAGUAGCUGUGUCCCUCCUACUGCCUCUUCCUAUGCACACUGUAACUACUUCCAGAAUCCUCCAAUGCAAUCUUCCUAUCCAGUUGAAUUUCUGCCUUCUAAUUGGCCUUGCAGUGCUACUGAUGAAAAUAAAAAGACAGAAGUAAAUCUAGAGGCUGUCUUUCAAAUAGUAGAUGAGUUGCAUUCCUCCCCUAAAUUGGAGAUGGUAAAGGUGGAGCCUGUUGAAAAUCAGUGUCCAUCAUCUCAGUCUAACAGAGGCCAACAUAUCUUACCUAAUUCAAACAACAGCAACCCAUCUUCCACAAGUCAGGCUAGCCAGCUGGAGCCACUCACUCCUGUAGGCUCAGAUAUUACGUCCUUUGUGGUUGGAACAGAACAAGCAAUUACCUGCUCUCUACCACAGUCACCUGAGUACAUCUAUACCAUCCACACAGCUCAGCCUUUGGAAAAUAGCACAAUGCAGGAAUCUGCAGCCAUCCAACAAACUCACGUCAAACUGAAGGAGCAGCUAAACCAUAACCCAUCUCCGUCUUCAGUAGUAUUUGUGCAGGAAGGGCUACCGUUCAGCACACAGCAGGUGGAUAACAGUAUAAAAUGCCAGACCAACCCCCCGGAGAAUAUCUUGCCUUCAGAACAAAUGGGAUUCCUUAUUUCAGAAAUGGGACCUGCUAGCAAGCCUAGUAAAGACACAGGUUUAUCCACUCCAGCCAGAUACAGAGAGCGAAGAAGCAACUCACAAGGAAAGUCCCCCGAUCUUCAUCUGCUGGUGGACGUGGCCUGCAAGCAGGAGCACUUUCCAAAGGAGGAAGAAUUAAAAGAGUGAGGAGGAAUGGAUGACAAAUGUGACAUUGUGCACUAGCCGUAGCUGGAGGCAGACUAGUGUUGCACGUGACACACUGUUGGGAUUUUUUCAGUUCUGUUAAGGAAAAAAAGCAUUUUUUUGUUUUGUUAAUUGAGAUUUUGUUAAAUUGAAAAUUGGGAGUUUGGUGUUUACUACAGCUGUUCAGUUCAGAUUACUUACCUUGACAAACUGCUAAACAUCUAGCAGCCUUUUUUUUUUUUUUUUUUCAUUUUUCUUUUUCUUUUUUUUUUUUUAACUGCCCAGAUUCCUUUCAAAUGAAAAGUCCUGGCCUUCAAGAAGCAUCUGAAAACUGCUGUUGAUGGUACUGGAGCAGUGUGUGUGCUGAGUUGUGAUGCCAUUUUGAACUGUAGUCAGCACAAUGUCGUCUGCCUCAAGUCACAGUGUGAUCCUCUAGGGAAGAUGUGUGAUAAACAAAGACAUGUGAGGUCACCAAUAUCACAAGUCCAAGCGGGGCAGGAAUUCCAGGGAGGAAGUUCUGGAAAAAGCUCAUUUUCUAAGCGAUUAACUAAGAACUUCUUUUGUUUCUGAACCCACAUCCUGUUUCAAGAACAAGGCAUCCGGACUUGGCCCAUCCAUCAUACUAACAGCCUCUGAAUCUUAAAUAUUAAUGGGAGUGUUUUUCCAUUUUCAUGUCUUUCUUUAAUUUGAAUGAUAAAUUAUCAUAAAUAGAAAGUUUUGUUAAUAUCACUUACAUAAAUGUCUUCUAAAGAAAAAUAUUUAAUUUGUUUAAUUAUAUUUGUAAAUGCUGAUAGAUUACGCGUUUUAAAGCUUUGUGUUUGUGUUAACAUUGCGGAAUAGAAGGAUUAAAGGAUGCGUGUGUCAUCUUAUUUUGAAGGGCACAUGCACAAUGUGUGAACAAAACAUGGAGGAGUUUAACCCUGUUUUCUUAUUUUACAUUUUCACAUUCAGCAAGUAUAGAUUCUCAUUCGUAGAAGGUAUUGUGUGCAAUUUGGGGGGGAUUGCUUCAUUAUCAUUUAUCAGAAGCUAUGCUGUAAUUUUUUAAAAAUAGUCUACAUUUGAAAUAUUAGAUGGCUUAAGCUUCUGAGAGACUUUUGGAUAGUGGGGUAUAGACUAUCAUCAUUUUGUUCUUAUUCCUCUGUAGGACUGUGCAUUUGAGUAGUAGGAUUGUGGGAUGGUUUUUAAGGAGAGGGAGGACAUUUUGGAUGUCCAGUUUCUGUAACAGAUCCAUGUUAACCCAAUUACAGCAAGAACUGAUUUUCUGAUGUAAAGUACUUUAACUUGACUAGAACUUUCUUGCUGGCUUCUACCUCUGUUUUCCUAAUAAGCACUGCAGAAAUAAAAGGAAAGUCUAUGAAUUUAAAGCUAAUGUAAAAGAAAAAGCACCUAAUAAUGACAUUAGCACUAUACUAGCCAUUGUGGAUUCACAGUUCAUGUCUUACAUUGCGUGUGCCUCCCUAAUGGUGUCAGACCUAGAAGUGUUACAGAGUUCUGGCUGUUCUGGAAAGAGUAAGCUUUCUGUGGUCUACAGUGACUCACUUUAGUUUUGAAUGUAGGUUUUGAAAAGUGCCUCUCUAAAAAGAAAAGUUUCUCCGAUCCAUCUAAUUCGACUAGUUGGUGCUCACGUCUUGGGCACUUAAUCGUCUUUAUUAGGAAGGCUUGAAAGACGCACAGAUUAUCAAGACCUCUACAUCUUCUAUCCAUGUCAAAUAUUUUGGCAACGUAUCUGAAAAGGAAACCCAGCUUCCUAAUGAAGGAACUUUGGCUUUUUCUCUGUCACAUUGAAGAGCUAAUAAGCUGUGUAGGUAAUAGUUCUUCCCCUCAAAAAGCCUUUCUUAGCCUUAUGCAUAUUGAAAGUGAUAAUCUUUUGAGGAACAUGUGUCAAGCAGGAACCUUGGCACAGACAUGGUUUCAGUGGUUUUAAGGCUUGAUCAAUGAAAUGCCUUGAUCGGCUUUCCAGACUUUUUAUAUAUGAGCACACCAGACAAAGGAGCUGGCUCUCCUGCUCUACUCACAUGCCUGGAGCCCAUCUCCUAAAAGCUAUCAUCAGUGACUUGUGCAAAUGGCAAGCAGUAAAGUGAAACUCGCAUGUGAAUUAGCCAGUAGGGCCUGACACAUGCUGACAGAGUUCCCGUCUAGCACCUCAGCAUCUCAGCACCUUAAGCAUCGAUUUCAGUCAGUCAAUAAUAAAAUGAAUGUUCCAACUAGA